CCGUUUCAAUUCAUUUCAGGCAGCUAAGCUGAGCCUCCCCUUUUCGUAAACUCCGCUGAUCGACCCCGCCCAACUCCUCUUGGCUCUUCACACAGCCCCUCCCCUAUUUCCAUGGAAGCUCUUCUUCAUCACCAUCACCAUCUCCAUCUCCAUCCUCACUCUCUCAUCUUUCGCACCCCUUCACUCUCCCUACACUCCGUCUCCAGGAUGAGUUCUUCACUCGCUCUCUCCCAAUCCCAACUCUCUCUCCCCCUAUCCAACCGCCACCUCGGUUCUCCCGCCAAUGGACUUCGGAGAGCCCGCAGCCUCGGCCUCAGGAACCUCGAGAGAUCUAGGGUUUCCAUGAGCGUCUCUGUUGGAUCUCAGCAGGCCGCUGAUGAUGCACUCUUCUUGGAUUACAAGCCCAGCUGCGCUUUCCUCUUUCCCGGUCAGGGUGCACAAGCUGUCGGAAUGGGAAAGGAUGCACAAGAUGUGCCAGCUGCUGCCGAACUGUACAGAAAGGCAAAUGAUAUACUAGGCUUUGAUCUUCUAGACGUUUGUAUUGGUGGGCCAAAAGAAAAGCUCGAUUCAACUGUCAUAAGUCAGCCAGCUAUCUAUGUAACUAGCCUGGCUGCUGUAGAAGUACUCCGUGCUCGUGAUGGAGGUCAACAAAUAAUUGAUUCUGUUGAUGUCACGUGCGGUCUGAGCUUGGGUGAAUAUACUGCUUUAGCAUUUGCUGGAGCUUUCAGCUUCGAAGAUGGGCUUAAGCUGGUCAAACUAAGAGGAGAAGCAAUGCAGGAAGCUGCAGAUGCAGCUAAAAGUGCCAUGGUCAGUGUCAUUGGACUUGAUUCGGAUAAGGUGCAACAGCUGUGUGAUGCAGCCAAUGCAGAAGUUGAUGAAGCCAACAAAGUUCAGAUCGCAAAUUACCUUUGUCCGGGAAAUUAUGCAGUCUCUGGGGGAGUUAAAGGAGUAGAGGCAGUAGAAGCUAAAGCUAAGUCUUUCAAGGCUCGAAUGACGGUUCGUCUAGCUGUUGCUGGUGCUUUCCACACUAGCUUCAUGGAACCAGCUGUCUCGAGAUUGGAGACAGCAUUGAAUUUAACUGAGAUCCGGACUCCCAGAAUCCCUGUUAUAUCAAAUGUAGAUGCAAGCCCACAUGCUGAUCCCGAUACUAUUAAGAAGAUACUUGCUCGUCAGGUGACAUCCCCUGUUCAGUGGGAAACAACCAUUAAGACUCUCCUGACCAAGGGGCUCAAGAAGGGCUACGAAUUGGGACCUGGGAAGGUUAUAGCUGGUAUUGUCAAGAGAAUGGACAAGAGUUCCGACAUUGAGAACAUCGGCGCUUGAGGAGCGGAGCUGCUCCCCCGGUUGCGAGCUUAACUUUUUUAGACCGUUUGUACCAUCUCGAUGAAGUGCUGGAAGGAUCAUGCCGGAUCGGCUUUUCUUUUCUAUUUAUCAUUAGAAGAGAGAUUUUGUACGAUUGUAUCCCAAUAAUGCAAAAAGAUUAACAUAUUUUGCUCGAA